AUGAGAUCUGAAUGUCCCGAACUUAAAAGAAAUGAUAGGACACAACCAAAUCAGCCAAAAGGGCGGGCAUUUGUACUCACCACGGAAGAAGCCAAGACCAAUACAGACGUUAUCACGGGUACGUAUCUCGUAAAUGAUGUAUAUGCGCGUGUGUUAUUUGAUACCGGUGCAAAUAGAAGUCUAGUGUCGACUACCUUUAGACCUUACUUGAACCAGGCGUCCCAAACCCUAGAUCAUGCCUUUACAGUAGAAAUGGCUGAUGGAAGUCAAAGAGAGAUAGUUGACAUAGUUAAGAAUUGUAAAAUAAGCUUAAACAACCAUGUUAUCCCUAUAGACCUAAUGCCUAUGGAACUUGGAGAAUUCGACAUAGUCAUAGGAAUGGACUGGUUGACACCAUAUCAUGCGGAAGUUAUAUGUGACAAAAGGAUCGUCCGACUCCGAUUACCCAACGGCAAACAACUAACUGUAUCGGGAGACCGCACUGACAAGACUAAGAACCUCAUCACGAUAGCACAAGCACAUAAAUGCCUAAGGAAAGGGUAUGUUGCUUUUCUAGCAUAUGUCGUAAACACUACAGAAAAGCAGAAGGUCGAGGACGUGCCAGUAGUACGAGAAUACCCCGAAGUGUUUCCCAACGAGCUCCCGGGACUACCAUCAGAUAGACAGGUUGAGUUUCGCAUUGACCUAGUUCCAGGUAAGGCAAACAUAGUAGUAGAUGCUCUAAGUAGAAAAGAGAAACCUCAACCAAUAAGAAUUCGUGCAACCAGAAUAGAGGUUAAAACUAGUCUCUUAGAUCAAGUUAAGAAUAUACAACAAGAAGCCUAA